AUGGCGGUCGCAUGGCUCAAGGACAAGGCAUCUGUGCUCAAGGCCACAGGCAACGAGCUGGAGAAGGCUGUGGUCAAAGCCACCUCACACCUGGAGGUGGCACCCAAGGCCAAGCACGUCCGCAGGCUCAUCCUCACCACCUACGACUCUCCGCAGGAGGCUGUCUUUGCCAUGCGCCACCUGCUGGAGAGACUGCAGUCCAAAGACUGGGUAGUCGUGCUCAAGGCAAUCACCGUGUUUCAUCGGCUCUUCCGCGAAGGUGACGACCUCGCCAUCGACAAGGUCGCACCGCAUCCAGAGGUCUUCUCAGUCCUCGGCUCGUUCAUCGAUCGGUCGGACGUGCGGGCCAUGGGCCAGUCGACCUUUGUACAGAACUACGCAAACUACCUGGUGGAAAAGCUGGCGGCAUACUCGGCGCUCAAGUGCCAGUUGGAGAAGCCGCCGCUUCCGGGAGAUCGCCAGACUGGGACUUCCAUCAUCAAGGGCAUGAAGGUCCGCAGGCUGCUCAAGGUCGUGCCGCGGCUCCAGCGCCAGCUCAACAUGCUCUUCACCUGUGACCCAGACGCGCGCAUGCUCGACAACGGCGCCACCGUCUUUGCUUUUACCCUCCUCAUCAAGGACGCCUUCAAGCUCUUCCACCUCGUCAACGAUGCCAUCCUCAUCAUCAUCGACGCCUUUUUUGACAUGAAGCAAGACGACGCCCUCCGCUCCAUCACCCUCUACCAAGAGUACGUGCUCGAGUCGGACCUCAUUCGUGACCUCAUGCGCAAGGCAAACAAGAUUCCGGGCCUCGACCUCAACAUGCCGUCGCUCAAGCCGGCGUCGACAGGCCUUCUCUCCGCCCUCGAGGAGUAUGUCAACGCAGGCAACUUUGACCACGCUGAGGCCGAGGUCCGUGACGUCUCGGAGCUCCUCGCAGACUCGAUGCCGCACGACCUGGUCGUUGGCGGCUCGUCGGCGCCUGCCCCGCAGUCGGCCGCGCCCAAGUCGGCGCCGCUCAUCUCGCUCGGCAACGACGAGUCGGCGGCCCACCUCGACCCGCUUGGCACGCCCGGCAAGACCGCCGCCGCCGCCGCACCGUCCGCGGCGGCCGCUACCGCUUUUGAUCCCUUCGGCUCAGUCCCGUUCGAGAAGCUCCUCGCCCAGCAGCACUCGUCCGGCGCGUCGACCCCGACCCCGACCCCGACUUCUGCUCCCGCCACAGGCGCCCCGCUCCUCGACAUGGGUGGGCAGGCGUACGCGCGAAAGCAGAGCCAGAUCAAUGAGCUCCUGCAGCAGACGUCCAAGCCUGCUCCGGCGCCGGGCGUCUUUGGCGGCGCGCCUCCGAUCUGGGCCGCUCCGGCUGGGCAACUGGCUGCUGGGCCACCCCCGGCCGCCGCCGCGGCCCCGGCCCUUGCCGCCCCGCUAGUCCCGGUCACCUCUUCGUCCAAGCCAACCGGUCCGCUCGACAAGCAGGGCACCGCCAAGCAGUCGUCCAACAACCCGUUCGACUUUGGCGACCUCCUCGAGGCCUUCCCGCAGUAAUCUCGUAACUAAACGCACGGAACGCUGG